GUUUCCAGCGCGAGGAGCGGAGACCGAAGAGGAGAGGAAAGGCGGAGAGACGCGGAGUGCGGACGCACCUGUGGUGUUACUGCGCUUCAGUGUCACACGGUGCCGGGGGUGCGGAGUUACACUGAUACGCUGAGUGUCGGAGAUACAGUGGAGGACCAGAGAAACACUGUCACAGUCAGUUGUUAAUUCAGUGGAGUUACUGACAGACGGAGCACGAUGAUCGAGGUUUCCAUCCCUUCACUGGAGAGGAAGGUGGACGAGUCGGGCAAGUUACAGAAACUUUUCCGAGUGGAGAUACUGUUCAACGGCCGGAAGCACUUUGUGCUGAAGCGUCACCGAGAGUUUGUGAGCCUCCACAAGAAGCUGAAGAAGAUCCUGCAAACCCCAGACUUCCCAAACAAGCGCAGCCCACACUUCAGGCAGAAACCCCUAGAGCAGCGGAGGCAGGAGCUGGAGGAAUACGUAAAGAUCAUCCUGUAUGAGAAUGAGGAGGUUCCACAGGAAAUGCUGGAUUUUCUACAGGUCAGACACUUCCACUCCGUGAACAAGAUCUCCAGUUCAGAAUCGCUGGAUGACACCCAUCCCGAGGCCUACAGCUGUCAGCUCCUGCACCAGCGUGUUGUGGGGUUCUCCAAAGACCCGUACCUGCUGGACACCGUGUCAGACCUCUCGAACGUGAUCGUAGAGGGAGUUCUGCAGGGCCUGUACCCCGCAGAUAUGUGCGUGAGCAUCACCUCCAGCAGCAAACUUCGUGGCCUCCGCAAGGGCAGCUUGUCUCCGCUGCCAGAGACCCAGCGCACGUGAGCGGUUUGGGAAGCCGGUCUGGAGACAUCCAACCGAUGACUGGAACCAGUGGUCGCCUCUGGAUCCAUAUGGAGACCUUAUCUGUGUCACCUGGCCUGUGUUGUGUGUAAUAGAGGGGAGCCACACCUGGACCAUCAGGAUCCACCUCUGCCAGGAGGUGUGGUGCUCUUGAGAUAUUAACCUGCUGUUGCUGUGGAACUAUUUAUCAACGGUUUCUCCUCCCAAAGCCCUCAUGUAGGGACACCUGCAUCUUUAACAGCAAAAGACCAGUGUGGCAUUUGCUGUUCACACCCAACAGGACCACAGUAAGGCUGCACAGGACCUGCAUCUCUCUGCAAAGCCUCAAAUAAGCUUCAGUUUUCAUAAGAAUUUGUUUGACCCAAACAGCUACUAGCUCAGUUCACACUUGUGUCUAUACCUGCGCUGUUUGGUUUUUUGAGAUGUUACAUAAACUCUACAGCUCAUCCUCUUUGCGGAUUUCGGGGGAAAAUUGUUAAUAUAAAACUUGCAUUGAGCUUUUUAGAUAUGUUAGUGUUGAGUUCUUUUGCAUCUGUAAUGUAUUUUGAGGCCAGUCCAAGUUAACAUAAAACUCCUGUGUUUCUAUGAAAUGAACCAGAGCAAGUCAAAAAUUAUCUGUAAUGUUAAACUUGUGGUGAAAGGCAAAAUUAUUGGAGGUGCUUUUUGA